AUGCUCAAGAAGGCUGCUUUGUCUGGACAGUACUUGGAUCUGUGGAAACGGACGCUGUCAACUCUUCCGAAAUUAGAAUUUAUUGAAGUGUCGGGAGACUAUAGGCAGCAUGUUUGCAACGUCAAACUGAAUCGACCAGAUCGAAGAAAUGCGCUGAAUUUGGCUUUCUGGAAGGAAAUUCGAACUGUUUUUGAACAUCUGGCAGCAAAUUCGAAAUGUCGCGCAAUCAUACUAUCCGGAGCAGGAAAGUCAUUUUGUGCUGGAAUCGAUUUGCAAGAUGGAUUAGGGGAGCUCUCAGCGAUUGUUCAAAGUGCUACGCUGGAUGUUGGCCGUAAAUCACUGAAACUUCGUGAGAUGAUUGCCACAUGCCAGGAUGGUUUUACCGCAUUGGAAAGAUGCCCGAAGCCAGUGAUAGCUUCUGUACAUGGCCACUGUUUUGGUGCUGGUGUCAGUUUGGUAGCUUGUGCUGACAUACGAUAUGCUACAAGUGAUGCUGUCUUUUCUAUAAAA